AUGCCCUUUUUUCCUAUUGAAUUUUCUACAAGUGAGAUUUCAGUUAGUAUUCAUAGAAAAGUUAAUCUACAGUUAGAAUCAUUGAAAUUUCCUAGAAAAAUACUGGGUUUAAUGUUGGGAGUAGAAAUAUCAUAUCCACGCCCAAAUAAUUCUUGUCUUCGUUGUCUAAUGAAAUUUCAUAAAGGACUCCUUAUUUUGGUAUCAUUGGCAUUAUUAAUUGUUAUCAUUUACCAAACAACUGUUCAUGUAGCAACAUACAACUAUCUAGUAAAUUGUGGUAGAGCAUUAUUAGUAAUCCAAAAAUGUAUGGGCUUUGUUGAUUUAAUACUUAUUAUCAGUUGGCAAUGGUUUAAUAAGGAAGAGAAAUUUAAUAAAAAACUUCAUAAAUCUUCGAAUGGAAUAGGAUUAUUGAAAAGUAGAAGAGAUAUAUCAAAAAUACAUAGUAUUAUUUUUAUAUAUGCACUUUUACGUGGUGUUUUACUUUUUGGUUUUGAUGUUAUAAUAGUUUUAGAUAGAGAAUUAAAAUCUAAAAAAUUAACAACCUAUUUUCCAGCAGAAUUUGAAAAUGUUUCAUAUUUUCUUUUACCAACAACAUUUUUUCUUUUUAUGUGUACACCAAUUGUAUAUUCAAUUUUAGGAUCGUACUUAUUAAUUAUUGUUGCUGAGUAUGAAAAAUUAAGUAAUGAUUUAACUACAGAUGGUAAUAUAUAUCAAUUACCUGUAAUAAGACAUUAUAUUGGAGCACAUAUGAAAUUAGGUUCAUUAUUUGCUCCAUUAAAACAAAUAUUAAGUAUAAGACUUGAUGCACAAAUACCAUUAAAUAUUUGCGUUAUCAUAACUCUUAUUUUUUCAUUUAUUUUUUCAAAUAUUUCAAGAACACCUCUUGAUAAUGCUAUAGAUAUAUUUUUACUUCUUGAUUCGGCCAUACAUAUUAUAACUAUAUUAGGAUUAUCAACUAUUGUAUGGAGUAAAGUAACAAGAAUACGUGAACAAAUUGUUUCAUUGGUUGCCUCAGAACGUGUCCUUAAUGAACAGUCUUUUGCAGUUAUUGGGACUUACAUAACCUACCUUCAACGUGAUUCUAGACCAAUUUCAAUAUUUCAAUUUUCUUAUUAUAAUAGAACAUUUUUAAUGCUGAUUUUAACAGUAGGAUGUAUAGUUUACCUUUUUUAUCAUCUUCAGAAUCAAACAAUCUUAUUACAUUAA